AUGAGACUACAACAAGGCUCAAAUACAAGACUACAACAAGAAAUAAAAGAACUUGCUAAAUGGCUUCUAAAAGUUAGCGAUAGAAAGCUUUCUGAACCAAACGAUAGGGAGGUAGAAAUAGAAAUCCCAGACGACCUCUUAAUCAAAUCUAACCAUGAUCCGUUGAGUGACAUAAUUGAAUACAUAUAUCCUGAGUAUGUUGCUAGAUUGUAUGAACAAAAAUACUUUGAAGACAGGGUGAUCCUUGCACCAACACACGAAACGGUCAAUCUGAUUAAUGACACAAUGUUGGCAACACUUACGGGUGAACAGAGGGAAUACCUCAGUUCGGAUUCAAUCUCUCAGUCAGAUUUAAACCCAAACAUGAGUCCAGAUUUAUACUCUUCAGACUUUCUAAAGAAAAUAAAGAUGUCAUGCCUUCCAAAUCAUAUACUGACUAUCAAGGUGGGUACCCCUGUCAUGUUGCUCAGGAAUUUUGAUCAGCAACAAGGUCUUUGUAAAAUAGACUUUGUGAACAUGUUAUCGAGGCAACAGUUAUUUCAGGCAGUCAUGUCGGGCACAUAA